AUGGCGCUGGGCUCACUCACAGCUGCUCAGUUCGAUGAAGUCGUGGUGAGGCUUCAUGCGGCCGCAGAGAGCCUCAUCCGGUCCAGCGGGCACGUGCAGAGCACCAAAGCUGAGAUCGAGUUGCUGACGCAGGUGGAAGUUGCCAGAAAGUUCAUGAUCGCAAGCCUUCACGAGCCGGACGACAGAAAGGCCUUGCAUGAAGUCUUCGGGGGAGACCUGGCAAGAGUUUGCCGCGUUCGAGUGGCUUUGGAGCAGCUCGACUCGGUGGUGAGCCCAAGCGCUGGCCAGCGGCUGUCCCAGUGUCUGAUGGCCUGCCGGUCCAUCGAAGAUGUGUUAGCCGACCUUGGCUUGUCCAGGGCCCUGCUGGAAGCCGAGGAAGAGCAGCGCCAGGCUUUGGCUGAGCGUCACGCCAAGCUCGGCGAGCCCGGCAGCAGCCGGGGUUGCGCUAGCCCGGAUGAUCCGGACACAGCAAGCCCGGUGGCAAUGUCGAAUCCACAAAUUCAUGCCAUUGCCAACGACUUCUUCAUCUGUGCCGGUGAAAUUCGGGACGCUACCGACUCGGAUGAGCAAGAUGAGGCGCAGUUGCAGAGCUUCACCAAGCGUCUGUCCGAACUGGCUUCCGACAUUGUCACUGGUGCAGGUGGGGCCAUGACUGAUGCGCGAACUCGCGCCGUGCAGCUCCCGACAUGGCUGGGUGAGGUGGCAGCUGCCCUGCGCAGCUAUGUCACGCGCUCCUAG